ACCUGUCCGGCACUGGCCAUGGGGCGUGUGGCGGUAGCUGGGGCCCUACUGGUGGCUCUGGUGGUGCUGGGAGCCUCCUCGGCUGCGGGCGCGGAGCUCUCGGGCGUGCUCCUGGAGAUGGUUAAGUCAGAGUGUCACUUCAUUAACGGCACCGACCGCGUGAGGUUCGUGAAGAGGUUUAUCUACAACCGGGAGCAGUUCCUGCAUUUCGACAGCGAUGUGGGGCUGUUUGUGGGGGACACCUCCUUUGGGGAGAAGGUUGCCAGGUACUGGAACAGUGACCCGGAAUGGAUGGAGUACAGACGGGAUGCGGUGGACAGGCACUGCCGGCACAACUACGAGUUGUCCACCCCGUUCCUCGUGGAGCGCAGAGUGCCCCCCAGUGUGUCCAUCUCCCUGGUGCCCUCGAGCUCCCACCCUGGCACCAGCCACCUGCUCUGUUCAGUGAUGGAUUUCUACCCUGCCAAGAUCCAGGUGAAGUGGUUCCAGGGCCAGCAGGAGCUCUCAGGACAUGUGAUGGCCACUGAUGUGGUCCCCAACGGGGACUGGACCUACCAGCUCCUGGUGCUGCUGGAAACCCCCCCCCAGCGUGGGGUCAGCUACAGCUGCCAGGUGGAGCACAUCAGCCUGGAGGAGCCCUUAAACCGGCACUGGGAGAUGCUGCCAAACACCACCUGCAGCAAGAUGAUGACAGGGAUUGGGGGCUUUGUGUUGGGCUUCAUCUUCCUGAUGCUGGGGCUCAGCUUCUACCUGCACAAGAAGAGCUCCUGAGCUGCUGGCAGCCACAGCCCCUCUUUGUGGCCUUGGGCCCGGCCAGGACCCCCUGCUCCACCCCCCAAUGAUUUUGGGGGGGGUCGUGUGUCCCCCCCAGCCCCGCUGUCACUCUGCCCUUGCCCAGCUGCUCCCAGUGUUCCCAAUAAAGCUUCCCAGUUCCCUGUUGUCGCAGCUUCA